CACGUGUCAGUGACAAAAAGCACCGUGCAUUUCUCUCCCUCCAUCUCCAUCUCCCCCAAGCAGGCCGGAGCUGGGGCUCGGGUCGGGUCGCCACCAUCUCCGCCUCCGGCGCGCACCCAGCCGGAGCAGCGCACGGGCCGAGGAAUGCCGCCGCCGCCGCGCGCCUCCGUCGAUUCAGUAUCGAUCCAAGUAUCCAACACCACAGCUGCUUUUAUGUUUACUGGAUGCAAAUGGCAAAAAAAAUCUUCAGCACUACCAGGUAAGCUUUCUCUAGAAUGGGGCCUACAUGAUGGCAUGAUUCAGCUUCCCUAACUCCCCCACAGCAUUAGCUGAAAUGGGCAAAUAUUUUAUCUGGAAAUUUGGACUUUGGAGUAUGACUUGGACCUUAGGUCACCAGUCCUUUUGUUUUCAGUAGUUAGGUACCUAGGCUUUGCAAGUGAUUGAGAUGUUCUUCGGUACCUUUUGAAAGUUCAAUGUACUCUUGCAUUUGUUAGACUAUUAUUUUCUGCCGCCUUUCUAGUCCCGUCUUUCAGUUAUAUCCAGUCUACUGAAUUCUGAAACAAGAAUUUUUUUUUUUUUGGAGAUCUUAAUAGACAAAUCAGUUGACCAUGCCUUGCCAUCCUUGGAUUGUGAUGUGUUUCGGUUUAAUUGAUCAGAAGUUUUUGAUGCUCUAAGUAGUAGGAUGUGAAACUGCUAACAAGUGUUCAGCAGAGUUGACAGUGAAUUUCUCUUUAAUCUAGACAAGCCUCAAAUCACCAUUUACCUAGAAGAUAGAUUGGCUUGUCGAGUGGAUAGGGCAUAAUGCUGAAACUUUCUCCUUUUCUUUGCCCUGGUGCUAUAAUCUUCACUCUUGCUUGAACUUCAAACUAUUAUCUUAUUAUUUCCUUCACUUGAUAGACAUUGCCUUUAGCACCCCUUUUUAUUAUUUUUUUAUUUUUUUCUUUUGAUCCUUUUUGUACAUAAUUGAGAUGCUCUUGUGUAAGGCCUUACCCUCAAUCUUAAUACAAAGAUACGUACUUUGCAUAUUCCGAAAAAAUAAUAUUUCAUUUACUUUUACUACUGUUACACUGUCAUUCACAGGGUCAUCCUGUAAUCUCAUGCUCCCUAGAAUAAUGUGUAGACAAACCAAGGCUUAUGUAAUUGUAACUAGUAACUUGACAAUCUAGUUAUUGAAGUAGCAGAACAACUUACAAAUAAACGGCUUCUCGCCUAGAAAUACUGAACACUUUCUGAAAGAGGAUAACCUUUUGUUGUAGAACUACACUUAUUUUCUCUAGUUAAGGCAUAAUAUAAUACAUAUGAAAAUUGCAUUAUUCUAGCCGAUCUGUCUAAUUUCUGACACCUGUAUCUUCUACCUAGUAUUAUAAACUUUCCAUGUGCUCCUUCGUAGUUCAUUUUGUGAUUCACGUUUUGUAGCAUGCCAUGUAUCUUCUAAUACUUUAGAAACUCUAUAUUGAUAGACCAGGAUAUAAUACUUUUAAGUGACUUAAAAGACUAGUUGGGGAUUACGAGACAGUGAGACACACCAAGCUAUUUUUUCUACAGAACAGAAAACAACAGUUGUUCAUUUGUUCUAUUGCGUUUGUCUUGUACUGUCACUGCGAGAUUCUCUCCUUAACUACCAGAUGCCUUCAAUUAGAGCAAUUCUUAGUAAUUUUUUUUCUCACUGGAACAUAGUUCCAAGCAGUACCUCAUUGUGCCCCAUCUCUACUGCUGCUCCAGCCAUUUGUAUAUGAAGUACCGGACAUUGCCAUCUUCUGGAACCAACUCUAAAAAAUGUUCAGAUAGCAGCAAUAGGUAGCUUAAAACCAAGAAAUAUGCUUGACCCACACAUGUUUUCUGUGUUUGCUUUGCAACAACUUCACUACUUGAAACAAUCUGUAUUGUCCUCUUUCAACUCCACUCUAUCAUCUAAUAAAUUAUUAAUGUUUUGGCAGAACUAGCACAACUCCAUUAGUCCAUUGACUACAUUAGGAAUCUGACAGUAAUAUAGUACCACCUUAUAACAGCGCUUUAUGACUGAAUUGAGCUUGGAAGCAAGUCUAUGUCAUGUUUUUUUUAGCAUUAAUAAAAUUAACCACAUUAGCAAAUGAAAACUAACUGCGCUUUUGCUGGUCAUAAUAAAGUUGAAAUCUUAACAUUGUUCUGAUCAGACUGAAACGGACUCUUCAUACACAACCAAGAUAUGUAGGAAUUGAGUUAUUGUCCACCAAAUUAAAGAUCAAACAUAUGUUUUUCCUCCAAGCAUGUAGUUUAUAUUUGCAUUUUUUUUCAUUGUCAUUGGCUUAUUGAUGUAUGACUACAAGCUAUAGGUACUUCAGGGCAAGUGGGCAACACCACAUGGUAUUCUUUUUAUAUGCAUAUAGUCCAAUAACUGAAUAGAUGCUGACACGCAGAAAGAAGCACUCUUGGAAUAUACCUUCAGUGCAUUCUCUGGUCGUUCUGCUUCAUCUGCUAGGCCAACAAAAAAUGACAAUGCAUGCCGUAUACUUGUCGUUUUAUAUCUUCCUUCAGCUUGAUCCAUGUUAUUAUGGGAUCUGAGACCAAGACAUUUUAGCUUGCAUUGGCCUUGAAGGCUCACCCAUCACUCUGUCUUUUCUUCUCUACGUUUAUCCAUUCCCCUUGCCUCCUCAUUGUGUAUAUAUAUGUCCAAUUGUCCAUGCUGAAGCACACAGACAAAGGCAACUUGUUAUGGUAGACAACAACUGAAUGGAGACUAUGUCAUAUCCUUGUUCCCCUCUUCUCUCCUUCCCUGCACACGAAGAGAGUGGGUAUUUCAUAUGGUCUUCUCAAGCAGCUCUCCAUGUUGAUCCUUGUUCUGAUCAACAAGAGGACCUUGAUUUACUUGACACCAUGGUGCUAGAUUCUAAUGAGUUGCAUCAACAUGAUGCUCCUGAUGUUGAUGUGUCUAUUAAUUGUGAUGAUAGAAUUUUUGGCCAAGAGAGUGUCAACUUGGCAGCAAUCCAAGAGGAGCUCUUGGAGGAGGACAGUUUAAGCGACCUCCUCCUUGCUGGUGCAGAGGCGGUCGAGGCAGGAGAUUCAAUCCUUGCAUCAGUAGCAUUCUCGAGGCUUGAUGACUUCCUGUCUGGGAUACCUGAAAAUGGAGCAGCCAGUUCUUUCGAUCGAUUGGCAUACCACUUUGACCAAGGUCUGCGUUCCCGGAUGUCCAGUGCAUCCACUGGGUGUUAUCAGCCAGAGCCACUUCCAUCUGGUAACAUGUUGGUGCACCAGAUCAUACAAGAGCUAUCACCAUUUGUUAAGUUUGCACACUUCACUACCAAUCAGGCCAUCCUAGAUGCCAUCAUUGGUGACAUGGAUGUCCAUGUCGUCGACUUGAACAUCGGCGAGGGCAUCCAGUGGUCAUCACUCAUGUCGGACCUUGCUCGCUGUGGCGGUAAGUCCUUCAGACUAACAGCUAUCACAACAUAUGCUGACUGUCACGCUAGCACUCAUGACACAGUUGUACGGCUGUUAUCGGAGUUUGCCGACUCUUUGGAACUUCCAUUUCAAUACAAUUCCAUCUGUGUUCACAAUGAGGAUGAACUGCAUGCCUUCUUCGAGGACUGUAAAGGCUCAGUGAUUGUCUCAUGUGAUACAACAAGUAUGUAUUACAAGUCACUAAGCACAUUGCAGAGUUUACUGCUUGUCUGUGUCAAGAAGCUACAGCCUAAGCUAGUGGUCACCAUAGAAGAGGACCUAGUUAGAAUUGGAAGAGGGGUAUCUCCAUCUAGUGCCUCCUUUGUCGAGUUCUUCUUCGAGGCAUUGCAUCACUUCACCACGGUGUUCGAGUCAAUGGCGAGUUGCUUCAUUGGUAGUAGUUAUGAACCAUGCCUGAGACUUGUGGAGAUGGAGUUGCUGGGGCCAAGGAUACAGGAUUUUGUGGUGAAGUAUGGGUCAGUGAGAGUUGAGGCCAAUGCUUCUGAGGUUUUGGAAGGGUUUAUGGCUUGUGAGUUGAGUGCUUGCAACAUAGCUCAGGCCAGGAUGCUAGUUGGGCUGUUCAACAGGGUGUUUGGGGUUGUGUGUGAGAAGGGAAGGCUUGCUUUGUGCUGGAAAUCUAGGCCCUUGAUCUCGGUGUCUGUUUGGAUUCCUGUGUGAAACCAGAGGAGAUUCUGGUGCUUUUAUGGGCAUUUUCUCUUUGUGUUGUUGUAUGACUUUGUAGUCAAGAAGAUAAGUUUGUUAAUGGUCUACUAUAUCUCCUUAGGGAAAAAUGAUUUGAGAGGUCUGUUAUUCUAAUACCAUGUGGUGUUUGGGAAAUUUAUAUGGAACUCUCUAGAUCCUUUGUCUAUU